AUGGCGCCAAGUAUCUCCUUUUCCUUGCUCCAAAUAUCAUUACUUGCCUACUCAGGGCUCGUGUCGGGUGACUUUUCCCUCCGGCAGUGUCUUGAGUCUGCUGUAAGCAGGGUGGCCUUCGAAGGCGAUCCAUUCUAUCAACUUCUCAGCGUCCGGCCAUAUAACCUGGACAUCAGCAUUGUCCCUGCGGCAGUGGCAUUCCCAGCGGACACCAAUGAGGUAGCGGCGGUUGUUCGCUGCGCGGCUCAGAACGGGUAUCAAGUUCAAGCCAAAAGCGGCGGCCACAGCUAUGCGAACCAUGGGCUGGGGGGAACGAAUGGCGCCGUCGUGGUGAACCUGGAAAACCUCCAACACUUUUCCAUGAACACUACCACAUGGGAGGCGACGAUCGGAGCUGGAACCCUUCUGGGAGAUGUGACGAAGAGGCUCUCUGAUGCCGGAGGUCGUGCAAUGGCGCACGGAACCUGCCCGCAAGUCGGCAGCGGGGGCCAUUUCACGAUAGGCGGACUGGGACCUUCCUCUCGCCAAUUCGGGGCUGCCUUGGACCAUAUCAUUGAGGCUGAGGUGGUCCUGGCGAACUCUAGCAUCAUUCGAGCCUCGGAAACAGAGAACCCUGAUGUCUUUUUCGCGGUCCGGGGCGCCGCUUCUGGGUUUGGCAUUGUAACCGAGUUCAAGGUCCGCACUGAACCAGAGCCCGGACAAGCCGUUCGAUACUCCUACUCCUUCUCGUUCAGUGACACGGCGACCAGGGCGGAUUUGUUUAAGAAAUGGCAAGCAUAUGUGACUCAGCCGGACCUGCCUCGCGAACUGGCGUCGACUUUGACGAUACUCGAACACGGCAUGUUUAUUACAGGGACAUUCUUCGGCUCCAAAGAAGAAUACAAUGCAUUGAAGAUCGAGACAGAAUUUCCGGGAUUUGCCAAAGGGGGUACUCUUGUGCUUGACGACUGGCUAGGCCUCGUCAGCAACUGGGCGGAAGACCUGUUCCUGGGGGUGGGAGGUGGCAUUCCGUCCCAUUUCUACGCCAAGUCACGAUCCCUUACGGCGGGAAGCCUGCUAUCCGAGGAAGAAAUCGAGCAGAUGUUCGAGUAUAUCGACAACGUCGACAAGGGAACACUGCUCUGGUUUGCUAUCUUUGACCUGCAGGGAGGGGCGGUUGGGGAUGUGCCAGUCGAUGCUACAGCCUACGCUCACCGCGACACGCUUAUCUGGCUCCAGUCGUAUGCGAUCAACCUCUUUGGACGGAUUUCGGAAACCACAGUAGAGUUUCUCGAGAGACUCAAUGAGUUGACCCUGACCAGCACAGCGAAGACUGUCCCUUAUGCCGCGUAUCCGGGAUAUGUAGAUCCACGCUUGACGGAUGCACAGGCAGCAUAUUGGGGUUCGAAUCUUGCACGGUUGAACCGAAUCAAGGCCGAAAUCGACCCAAACAAUGUAUUCCAUAACCCACAAAGCGUCAGGCCUGCUUCUGGGUAA